GCAAUUCCCACGUUCAGCCCAAACAAGCCAGUCCGCCUCCACGGAGCUCCUCUGUCGUCUCCGCAGUUUUCCAGAUGCAGGCGCAGAAACUCAAAGAAACAAGGUCAGCAGUCAGAACAAAGAAUGAAAGGGCAGCUUGGGAAGUUUUUCUGUCUCAUGCCAGAACACUAAAUUAAUUUCCCUUUUUUAACACUCCAGUACUUUUGAGAAAAGUCUUCACGCGGUUUGUCUUCCAGAAGCGAUGGGAUUUUCUUUGCGAAUUCACCUUUUCACAGCUUUUGUCUCGUGCAUUAAGGUUUACACUCAAGUGGUGCAACCCGCGAAGCAUCCAGGCCUGCAGGUGUUGGCCACGGCCUCACAUUACUGGCCCCUGGACGCUGUGGACGGAAUCCACGAGCUGUGGGACCAGAUUGGAAACAGACCAGGUUAUGUUAACGGCAGCAACAUAACUCUCAGAAUCCACAACCACACUGUGCUCCCCUCCUCCCAUAACUCUUCCUAUGUGUAUACCAAUGACUCUGCCUACACUAACAUUUCUGCGACAGUAGAUAUUGUGGAAGGGAUGGUCAACAAGGGCAUCUUCCUGAACGGAGACCACGGCGGCACGUUUCUCCACUUUGGAAACUACCAGAACUCCUGCAUCAGCGACCCGACGCUGUGCGGCCCCGAGGGGAUAACCUUCUCCUUCUUUUGGAAAAACCACGAAUCAGAGUCCCGUUUUGCUGUCGCCUCCGGAGGGAAAGUCAUCUCCAACGGCUUCUCCGUCUACAUCAAUAACUUCGGAGGAUACGUGGAGUUUUACACCCGAGGCAACAACCACAGGUGGAAGGCCAACAUCAAACUUCCAGGGCCUUACUGGACCCACAUUCUCUUCACGUGGACAAAAAAGGAUGGUCUGAAUGUCUACAUCAAUGCUACCUUCGUGGUUGGUGAUGCUGCUGGGGGCAGUGUCUCAGAGUACUAUGGUGACCCCUACCCUGACCUUGUCAUUGGAACGGGCAACGACAGGGCGUACGGUCACUAUGUAACGGGUGCCUUCGAUGAGUUUGUCAUCUGGGAAAGGGCUCUUUCACCUAACGAGAUCUUGCUUUACUACGGUGCAGCCACAGGUCAGGCCAUUGUUCCGGCCACAACGCCCAGAGUCUCCAAAGAAGUCACUUCAACUUUACCGACAGCCAGAGCCAUCGAAGAGAGUCCUCCUGUCGUCAUCAGUCAGCCGGAGAAGGUCCUGAGCUCCCAGAACCCACAGUCCAUGCCGGUGUUGAGCUUCCUGAAGGCGCUGCCCAAUAGGACCAUUCCUCACAACACUGCCAACAACCUCACACAGGCUUUUCUCAAAAGUGUGGAAGAAGUGCUGUCCUCUCCAGGCCUGAAAGAGCAGUCCACGCCUGUGGUCAGCGGUCUGAUCGAGACCGUGGACAGAGUGAUGGAACAUAUGGUGACUAACCUGGAGCCCAGCCCGAACUCCCUCAUCUCCCUGGGUGGAACAUCUUUUGUUGCAGAUUACUCUCUGAUGAAAUUCCCUCAGAACUACAACCUGCCGCAUUACCGCUUCCCCACACAAGGCAAGAACUACAUCUCGGUGCCGGGCGAAGCUUUCGCCAUGCAGUCUCAAACCACCAUCGUUGGCCUCUUCUACCACAACAUGCACAGCUACUACAAAGAGAUCAGCCCUGUCAAGACCAGGAUUAAUGAAGCUUCUGAUUUCAAGGAUCACAAGAUCCAGGUAGCGAGCUGUCUCAUCUCUCUGAAGGUGGAGCCUCUACCGGCCCUGGCGGUCAACCUCUCUGGAGCUCCACUCAUCAAGAUUGUCCUGACCCACGUCUUGACUAAAGAACAGCAAGAGCAAGUACUAAAUCAGAGCAAUAAAGUCUUCCUCUACUGCGCCUUCUUGGACUACAGUUCAAAUGAGGGAAUCUGGUCCAACGAAGGAUGUGUGCGCUCGGAUGGAAACAUGACGUACUCUGUGUGUUUGUGCAACCACCUCACCAACUUUGCCAUCCUUAUGCAAGUGGUGCCUUUAAAGCUCACGACUGGCCACAAGGUGGCACUAUCAACCAUCGGUUAUGUUGGCUGUUCAAUAUCCAUCUUCUGUCUUGCCAUCACUCUGGUCACUUUCGCUGUUCUGUCAUCAGUGAGCACCAUCCGGAACCAGCGCUACCACAUCCACGCCAACCUGUCCUUCGCCAUCCUGGUGGCUGAGAUCUUACUGCUCAUCAGCGCUCGCUUCGACCCGGGCACGCUGCCUUGUAAGGUGAUGGCCGUCCUGCUUCACUUCUUCUUCCUGAGCGCCUUCGCCUGGAUGCUGGUGGAGGGCCUCCACCUGUACAGCAUGGUGGUGAAGGUGUUCGGCUCAGAGGGCAGCAAACACUUCUACUACUACGGCAUCGGCUGGGGCUCUCCUCUGGUGAUCUGUGUGGUGACCAUGACGUCAGCUCUGGACAGUUAUGGCGAAGUUGACAACUGUUGGCUGUCUCUGAAGAACGGAGCCAUCUGGGCGUUUGUGGCACCAGCUCUCUUUGUCAUUGUGGUGAACAUUGGCAUUCUGAUAUCCGUGACCAGGAUCAUAUCGCGCAUCGGCGGAGAGAGUUACAAGGUUCAUGGAGAUGCCAAUGCAGUCAAGCUGACUGCAAAGGCAGUGGCUGUGCUGCUGCCCAUACUCGGCAUCUCCUGGAUCUUUGGCGUUCUUGCUGUCAACACACACUCUUUGCCCUUCCUGUAUAUCUUCGCUGUAUUCAACUCGUUACAAGGGUUCUUUGUCUUCCUGUUUCACUGUCUUCUCAACUCUGAGGUCAGAGCUGCUUUCAAACACAAAACCAAAGUGUGGUCUCUCACCAGCAGCUCCAUCCGAAACAUCAACGUGAAGCCGUUCAACUCUGACAUCAUGAAUGGAAACAAGGAGGGCGUGACUCCCACCAAGAUGAACACGUGGGACAAAAGCACCAACUCAGCCAAUCGCAUCGACCUCUCCGCCGUGUAGAACCACGCCGGGUCACUUCUGACGGUGGCCGGAGAGCAAUCUGAAGCUCACGAGCGUAGUAUGACAAACACUGGCCAGAGUAUUAUCCCACUUUGUUACGUAAUGAAUUGGACACUCAUCCGCUCAAGUGAAAGUGAUACCAAAGGAGGUGACAUGUAAUGGCUUCACUGUUAAAGACAAACAGACUCUGAGGACUGUGCCUUCUUAUUGUCUCUUUAAAAUCAUAUUGUGUUCCCAAAGACGAGAGCAGGGAUUUCUGAGGCGGUCAGUGAAGUGACGGAUCCAUGCGUGUAGUUCAGGGUCUUGCACUUUGUCUGUUGCGUGUUUUUUUUUUCCAAAAUAAAGUCCUAAGUCCUCUCUGGUGAAGUCAAUAAGCGUAUUUCCCAAAAUGCCAGAAUAUGCCUUUAAAUCACAGAGGUGUGUUCUGACAUGUAUUUAGUCUCACACAAUAAAAUGUAAAGCACAUUUACAUCGGCUUGACUGGCAGAAAAAGUACCUUUAAAAUUAAGGCAAUACGUUUUUCAGGUUGUGGUUGGGUACAAACACAAAAACCUGGACACAAAAAGGAAAAGUAAAGCAAUGUUUGGAAGGAUCCACAAUGGAUUCAACGAUGGAUUCGCCAGCUGUUAACAUCAGCUUCGCGAAAAAUGAAAUGCAUAUUUUAGCUGAAUGAACUUCACCCGAUUCGUACGGCUUUAAUCCAGUGUGACGGAUGGCACAACACAACAACCAGCAGCGUAGCAGUGAAUUAGACCCUAAGUGAUUCUGACCUAAUGUAUUUAUUUAUUUUGUGAUUCGUGUCUUCUGCAGAGCGUCACAGCUCAGCCAUCAGUACGUCCUGGCGUUAAAUUCUGUGUCUGUCUGGGUGUUUCCUCUCUUGAAAUAAACUGACUGGUGUAUCUGCUGUACCUCCCGUCUGAGUAAGCUGCACCAUGUUAUGCUUUUCUGAGAACAGUGAAUACUGGUCCUGUUUUGGACACGACUCUGUGAAGUUUUAUGGUGUCUUUAGCUAUUUCUGUUUCUAAUUUCCUUUGCAUUUUCAUAUGUUUGUUUUUUUGUACACUAAAAUAUGAAAUAUGUUGUACAACAGAGGGACUUGAUAGGUUUGUUGCUUUUUUUACUUAAAAUACUGUGAGAAUGGAGAGAGAUAUUGAUGUCAUUGAUCCUACACUGUACCAACAUUAAGUGAAGAUUAGAAAGCAGGAUUUACUGUAAGUCACUCUGCGCUCAUUUUCCAUGUCCAAUUUAAAGUUGAAUAUUUCAUUAUUUCCAUGCAUGUAUGGCCUUAAAUGAUUGUUGUCUUAUGGUACUACAGUUUGUGCUUCCAAUUAUCUUUAUUAUAAAAGGUUUAUGACAAGAAA